CAGCCCCAGGCCCAGGGCUCGGGAGGGUCCCGGCAGCCGCCCCCUGGACACCAGCCGUGGCCCGGUUCCCUGAGCGCCCGGCAUGAACCGCAAGAAGCUUCAGAAGCUGACGGACUCCUUAACUAAAAAUUGCAAGCACUUUGAUAAGUUUGAAGUGAAAUGCCUCAUCAAUCUUUUCUACAACUUGGUGGGCGAUGUGACGGAGCGGCAGGGUGUGGCCGUCGGGCUGGACCGCAAUGCCUUUCGGAACAUCCUGCACGUGACGUUUGGGAUGACGGACGACAUGAUCAUGGACAGAGUAUUCCGGGGGUUUGACAAGGACAGCGAUGGUUGCAUAAAUGUAUCCGAGUGGGUUUACGGAUUAUCAGUGUUUCUUCGAGGAACUCUGGAAGAAAAAAUGAAAUAUUGCUUCGAAGUGUUUGACUUGAACGGGGACGGCUUCAUCUCCAAGGAGGAGAUGUUCCACAUGCUGAAGAACAGCCUCCUGAAGCAGCCGUCCGAGGAGGACCCCGACGAAGGCAUCAAAGACCUGGUGGAGAUCACACUGAAGAAGAUGGACCACGACCACGACGGGAAGCUGUCCUUCGCAGACUACGAAGAGGCUGUGAGAGAGGAGACCCUUCUGCUGGAAGCGUUUGGACCAUGUCUCCCUGACCCAAAGAGCCAGAAAGAAUUUGAAGCCCAGGUAUUCAAAGAUCCAAAUGAAUUCAAUGAGGUGUGAAUCCCUACAUGUCUUCUUGUCUCAAGAUGAAAGCAAGAUAGACAAAGACAAGGAGAUCCUCAUUAGCUGUGGUUGGGUUUGGCCGGUCGAGUUAACACAGCAGAGAGAAGUUGUCCCCUCGACUAUCUGUUGACAAACAGCCAUUGUAAAAUGUCUGCAUGAAUAAAAUGA